GAUACAUAACGCCAGGUGAGGCAUACUCUCUUUCUCGUUCUCACAGAGGAUUCAUCUAACCUUUACCUACUCUCUUCUGACAUGGUUAAAGUUGCUGUCGCCGGUGGCUCAGGUGGCCUUGGCCGCGUUAUUACUAAGGCUAUUGCUGAUGACGGAAAGCAUCAGUUGAUUCUCCUUUCCAGAGAGGCCAAAACUCACAUCAUUGGAAACCACACCGUCACAUCGCUCGCCAUCGAUUAUUCUGAUGUGAGUGCAAUUGCUGAGGUUCUGAGGAAGAAUGAAGUGCGGGUUGUGAUUAGUGCUAUCGGCGUGUUGUUCGAAGAUACACACCGAGCGCAGAUCAAUCUCAUCAAAGGGGCUGCAGAAGCUGGUACUGUUACUCGAUUCGCACCGAGCGAAUUUGGCAUUGAUUAUAUCAAAGCCCGAGACAAUGGCUUUCCUUACCCGCUUCCUGGCCUGCAACAGUACACAGUGAGCCAGUACAAGAUUGAGGCAAUUGAUCUUAUAAAGACAACGGAAAUGGAGUACACCAGAUUCAUGAUCGGGUUUCUCAUGGAUUAUUAUGGCUUCCCGGCUGAGCCUGUUCCUGUCAUCCCCCUUGCCGUAGUCCUCGAUGUAGAGAACUUGAAGGCUGGCAUUCCCAGCACAGGCAACGAGACCGUCACUCUGACCCAUUCCGAAACACUUAGCAAGUUUGUCGCUGAUAGUCUGAGUGCACCCGAGUGGCCAGAGAAGUCGUGGGUUGUAGGUGACACUAUCUCGUGGAACGAAGCACUCAAGCUUGCCGAAGAAGGUCAAAAGUUUGAAGUAGCUUUUGACUCUCCCGAGUCACUACGCCGUUCAGAGAUUACUGAGCUCCCAGGCAAUAUUCCGAGAUACUCGGUUGCCCCAAAGCAAGUCUUAGAUGGAAUCUUAUCGCUCUGGAGCUUAGGAUUUAUGGAAGGUUGGUUCGACUUGACUAAGCAUGUGGGAAGUGACAAAACUCUCAACGAUCUUUACCCUAAAGUAGAAGUUCUCAAGUUCAAGGACUUUCUUUCGAGGGCUUGGAGUAAAUAGAUAAUAUAGUACAUAGGCUACUUCUAUUCAACUUGGAAACUAGUUACUUCUAAGUCAGCUUCGGCUGCGUUAUAUACAUAUAGUCAAAUCUAUAUACUUACUAGACUGGGUUUUUUAGAGUUAUAGAAUAUGCGAC